GUGUUGUUGGGUUGGGGUAAAGAAGAAGAAGAAGAAGAAGAAGAAGAAGAAGAAGAAGAAGAAGAAGAAGAAGAAGAUGAAGACGAAGAUGAAGAUGGUGCAAGAGGAAGCGGAGGAGGUGGGAUUAGGAAUGAGCAGAGGGAUGAUGGUUCAGUGCAAUGUGAAUAACAAAAACCAUAGCCAUAGCCAUAACCAUAACCAUAGCCACAGUCAUAGCCAUAGCCAUAGCCAUAGCAAUAACCAUAAUCACAACAAUGUCUGCAACUGCAAGCACUCUCCCUCGGCAACCUUGGACCUUCUCAUUCUGCUCCUCGUCCUCUUCUCAGGGGCCUUCCUCCUCUCCUCCUAUUUCUCAUACAUCUUCCAUUCCCUCUCCCUCCUCCUUCCCUCCCUCCCUCUCUCCUACCUCCUCCCCUUCUUCCUCUUUUUCGCCCUCUCCCUCGCCGCCGCCGACUUCUGCUGCGGCCCCCGAUCCCGCCGCUGUCAGCGCUCCGGAUGCAAGGGCCUCAAGAAGGCCAUGGAGUUCGAUUUGCAGAUUCACCGCUUCGGCUCCGCUCCCUCCCCUGAUGCCUCUGCUGAAAUUGACCGCCUGCCCUGGAAGGGCGGCACCGAGGCCAACCCCGAUUACGAGUGCCUCCGCUCUGAACUCCGCAAGAUGGCUCCCCCUAACGGACGCGCCCUCUUGCUCUUCCGGGCGCCCUGCGGCUGCCCCGUGGCCAAACUCGAGGCCUCCGGUCCCAAAAAGGGCAAACGCCAUAAGAGAGAUUCUGAACAAGCAGACUGUCAACUUGUCAUACUCUUAUGGAUAUCUGGUGAGUCACUGUUGUUGCUAUGCCACAUGCUAUGUGAUAUGGAAGAAGGCUUGGAGCAUGUAUUCAAAUUAUAUCCAUUGAAUUUAUGACCACCCUCGAGAUGACCGAUGAUGCCCCUUUGUCAUGUCUUAAUAGAAUAAUAACUAGUGAGUGUGGCUAGACUUAAUAGUGUUUGCAUGAGCUAUGUUCUUCAUGAUCUUCAUUAGAGUAAUGAUUCUGUCUGGAACCAAAUGCUGACAGCCCCUAAUAUUUAGUUUUGCCGAGGAUUUUAUUCAUUGUCUAAUUUGAGUUUCUGCUCAAGAAGCACGACUGCAAAUUAGUUCAUGCUUCAUAUAUAGGUGGUGAAUCUUCAACUUUAGUUUCUUCCUUGGUUGUGAAGUACAUAGUCAUGGUGGUCCAGGAGGACAUAAUGUUUAACAUAUUUGUUGCGCAUAUUGUAAGCUUUCUUGUUUGGGAGAUUUAAUAGAGUAUGAAUCACAGCGAAAUAGAAAGCUGCUUCUAAAAUAUUCAUCUACCAAUGUAUUUACUUAGUUGUAUAUGUUGAAGUUGACAUUAUCAAAAGCUAGGAUGGUUGUAGUAUUUUUUGAAAUGAAGGUAGCUUAGUAGGGCAAGCACUUGUAUAUCUCAAAGGAAGUUUGGAAUAAACAAAUAUUAAUCUACUACUGGAGGAUAUUGGAGAAUAGUUGGGAAUUGAAUGAAGGGAUUUUAUAUUUUGUUUGUUGUAAGUAGUGUUAUUUAGUCAUGGGUAGAAAUCUGAGAUAUAUCAAGGGAUCCCUUGAAAGAGGUUUAUCAUAUGCACAUAGAGGUCAUUUUGUUAUUGUUGUAUACACAACGUAGUUUGGACUAGUUGUCCAACUAACAAGACAACCUACUUUUGGUAAUUGUGUUAUAAUUUGAGGUAAUCUCAUUUUCGAAUAGUGUAAAAUCUGUAAUGUUGUUUGGUCUAGUACAUAGAUUGAUGAGAGUUAGUAUCACACAAUACGAUACGAUUUAGAAGCUUGACGAUGUGAAUCGUGAUGGCCACUGGGUGUUGUGAGUUUGAAUUGUUUAUUGUAUCUCAGAAAUCGCUUUAGUAUCACAUGAAAUGCGAGCUCCCAGAAACACCGGUACUAUAAUUUGCUUCAUGUAUUCGUGUCCAGUUCAGAUGUGAUGCCAUACUCUAGGAUACUUAAUUGAUACAUCUAUAAAGUAUCCAAACCUUUGAUGAAGUGUCCAAGCUUUUGAAACGUUUAUAUGUGUAAUAUAGAAACAUAAAACAUGGUCUCUACAUAAAACAAAGAGGGAAAUAGUUCUCUUCAUUUACGAAUUAUUCUAAAAAGUAAUACUGAUUCUGUUUUUUAUGUAUGUAAAGAAUAGAAAAAAUUUAUGAUGACAAUAUUUUAUAA